AAGCAUAUUAAAGUGUAUAUUUUAACAGUAUUAAUAUUUAGAUUAAUAUAGCAUUAAUGACACGAAAUUUGUGCAGAUAAACUGCAGUAAUUUUUAUCUUAAGUAUGAUACAAAUAAUUAUUCAUAUUUUAAAGAACACAACAUAAUACAAAUAAGAAAAUGGGUAAUCAGUUAGUUGGUAUAGCACCAUCACAAAUUCAUCCAGUGGAAUAUUAUUUGGAUGACCUCCCUGGAGUACAUUUUGAUUCUAGUUUGGGAAGCACACGAUUUUUCAAAGUAGCUCGUGCACAUUCAGAAGAAGGUCUAAUCGUUGUAAAAGUAUUCACAAUACAAGAUCCAACAUUGCCAUUACAAACGCAUAAAAUACAUCUAGAGGAUAUUCGUAGUAAAUUAGCUACAGUCUUCAAUUGCAUACCAUUUCAACAUAUUGUAAUCACUGAUAAAGCUGGUUUACUAUUACGGGAAUACGUUAAAUAUAGUUUAUAUGAUCGUAUUAGUACACGACCUUUUUUAACGACAAUCGAAAAGAAAUGGAUAACAUUCCAAAUUUUAUAUGCUUUACAUCAGUGUCAUAAAGUUGGCGUUUGUCAUGGGGAUAUUAAAUUAGAAAAUAUAUGUGUCACGUCAUGGAAUUGGGUAUUACUUGUGGAUUUUGCAUCGUUUAAACCGACAUUCUUACCGGAAGAUAAUCCAGCAGAUUACUCAUAUUUUUUUGAUACAUCUAGACGGCGUGCAUGUUAUAUUGCACCCGAACGCUUUGUUAAAGGGUUUACAUGUGAUUUAACCCAAGGUAAUUCAAUGUUUGGUGAAUCAGCAUGUAAACCGGCUGAAUUGAAACCUUCGAUGGAUGUAUUUUCUGUUGGAUGUUCAUUAUUAGAAUUAUGGAAUGAAGGGCAUGUACCAUUUGAUUUAUCACAAUUAUUAUCAUACUGCUCGGGUGAAUAUAAUGUUUCAAAGCAUUUGGAUACACUACCCGAUGCAAACCUUAGGAGAAUACUUUCCAAUAUGCUUGAACGUGAACCAUCACUACGAAUGUCAGCUGAAACAUAUUUGAAUCAAGAACGUGGCCGUUUAUUUCCAGAAUAUUUUUAUUCGUUUUUACAAAGUUAUAUGUUAAUAUUUUCAACUACUCCAAUUUUACCACCUGAUGAAAAAAUAUCAAGACUUAAAAAAGAUAUAUCAAAUAUUAUAAAUAUAUUAAAAUCACCCGAUCAAAAUAAUAAUGAAGAUGGGUUGGUAAUCAUGAUAUCUUUAGUUACUUCAUGUGUCAGAGGAUUACAUCAUUGUACAUCUAAAUUACAAAGUUUAGAAAUUAUGUAUGAGCUAGCAUCACAUACAACAGCCGAUAUUAUAUUAGAUCGACUGAUACCAUAUAUUAUGUUAUUAUGUCAUGAUCAGUGGUCCAGAGUACGUGCAUCAGCCGUGCAUACAUUAACAAAUUGUUUGAAAUUGGUUGAUAAUGUACCGCGAUCCGAUGCAAAUGUAUUCCCAGAAUACAUUCUACCUGGUCUAGCUCCGUUAGCAACUGAUUCAAGUUUAAAUGUACGUUGUACAUUAGCACAAAAUAUAACAACAUUAGCUGAAACUGCGACCAAAUAUUUAGAAGAUAGUGUUGAAGAAUGUAAAAAACAUAGACCAAAUUAUGAUCCCGAAGAAGAACUACGAAUAUUACGUGAAAUGGUACAACAAACUGUUAGUUGUUUGUUAACGGAUUCAGAUAGUGUUGUGAAACAAUCUUUGAUGGAUAAUGGUAUUAAUAAAUUAUGUAUAUUCUUUGGAAAGCAGAAAGCAAAUGAUAUAAUUUUAUCACACAUGAUAACAUUUUUAAAUGAUAAAGAAGACACAGAAUUACGAUCAUCAUUUUUUGACAACAUCGUUGGAGUUGCAACGUUUGUUGGUUAUCAAAGUUCAUUAAUUCUAACACCAUUAUUAUUACAAGGUUUAACUGAUCGUUCCGAGUUUGUUACUGCAAAAUGUAUUAAUGCAAUGUCACAAUUAGCAGAACUUGGUUUAUUACGAACGCAUACAUUAUGUGAUUUAGUUAAAGAAACUAUAACAUUGGGUCUAGUGCAUCCUAGCAUAUGGAUACGUUUGGCUACAGCGGGUUUUGUGUCCGCAGCGGCAAAUGCAUUAGGGCCACUUGAUACACAAUGUAAAUUAGCACCAUCUAUUAGUGAAUAUUUGGCAUAUCCUUUAUUGCAGAUUGAAAAGCCUGAAUUACUUUUACAAGCAUUAGUACCACCAAUAUCGAGAGUAGUGUUUGAUAACAUAACAAAUUAUUCAGCGACCAUACCCAUAUUACAAGCACGUCAGGCAGCACGCUUAGCAAUUAAGACAGGAAAUGUUCCACAACAUGUGGAAAUUCCACAUUCAUUAAAAAAUUUAUUUCAACGACUGACUUCCGAAGGCAUGAGAGAUGUUGUUGAAGAUCAACUAUUAAAAAUGGCAAAUCAUUUAAAUAAAAUUAGUUCAUACAAAAAGACAACAGAUAAAAAAGAAUAUAAUAAUGGUAAUAUAAUGGUAUCUAGUAAUAAUGUGAUUUGUAAUAAAAUCGAUUUAAAUUUAACUAAUCGUAAACCACGUACGAAAAGUGGUAAUAUAUUAAUAACCGAAACAACAAUGAAUUCGGAAUGGCAACAUAUGUUUGGUGAGAAUACAGGUGAUCAUCCUGGUCUAGAAAAUACAUUAUUAUCAUCAAAUGAUUCACCAACGAGUGAGAUUAUCAAUCCAACUGAGCCACCGAAUAGUAUGUCAACACAUGAUCGAUCAUUUAUACAAUUUGGGUUUGCGGAAUGCCGUUUAGAAUUACGAUCAUUAGAAUAUUUACGCAAGACAAGAUAUACACGUUCCUUAAUUAAUCGUGAUCGAGCUGAAAGAGCCGCUUGGAGAACACCGGUACCACCCCCCGAUUGGCGUUGUCGUGGUUCAUCAGUGGCUCAUUUGCAUGAACAUAAAGCAGCAAUCACACGAUUAUUACCAUUAGGUAUAAAUGCUGCAGGCGCUAGUAGUACUUCAACAUUAGGUAUGUUUGUGUCAGCUGGUUUAGAUGGAUGUGUUCGGCUAUGGGAUUGCAAACGAAUGGAAGGAAAAAAUAUUGCUAAUAGAUCAAAACAAGUAUAUCAAACAUCAACUGGUGGAAUAGUUGGUCUCGCUGCUUGUGAAGGUGGUCAAACCUUGUGCCUUGUGGGUAGAGAUGGCUCAUUAUCAACUUUACGAUUAGAAAAAGCAACAAAUGUUAAUUCAUCGUUUACUUUGUUAAAUUCUGCCGGUGGAGCAUGUGAUGUUGUAUCAAUUGACGGUACAGUCAUUGUUACAGUUACAACAUCCGGUGAAUUGCUGGCGUAUGAUUUAAGACAACCUGGUGUGGCAUGGCGACUGCCAGUUGAUUUAAAAUUAGGUGUACCAACUGCAUUAUGUGUUGAUCUUAUAAGACAAAGUUGGUUAGCUGUGGCCACAAAUAAAGGAUAUCAUACUGCAUGGGAUUUAAGAUUUCGAUUACCAAUCGCGGAAAUUGUUCAUCCUUCAAGCGGGCAAGGUGGUCGAGUUCGUAGAAUAUCAAGUCAUCCAGUAGAACAUUCAUGGAUAAUUUCAAGCAUCCAAGGUAAUAAUGAAAUAUCUAUGUGGAAUUUAGAAUCUGGAAAUCGAGAGUUAGUUUUAUGGGCCAGUUCAGCACCACCUCUAACAUAUCCAAAUGAAUCAAUUGCUGGUUCAUCUGGGUCACAUACAUCACAUUAUAUCUUAGGUUUACAUCCUGGUAGAGUUGAUAGAGUUCCAUUUUUAUUGGCUUCUGGAACAGAUCACAGAGUUAGAUAUUGGAAUUUGGAUGCUUGCCAUGAAUCGUAUAUUGCAGUUCCAGCUCCUGGAGAUGUUUGUGCUCCACUAUACAAGAGUCGUAUUAUUGAUGGCACAACAGUUGUACAAGAAAUUUGGAGUGAUUCGAGAAACACUGCUGGUGGUGCAUCGUCAGUUACAAGCAGUAGUGUUGAUGAUAAUAUGUCGGGCAGAGCUGGUCCUGAAUUACCCACAUCAGGUCAUCGUUCACCUAUAACAGAUGUAACUUUGUGUCAAGCAGGUCAAUGUUUCUUAAUAGCAGGAUCAACAGAUGGUUUAAUAACUGUUUGGAAAUAA